GCAUCAUGCGAAAAUUGCCAGAACAUUCGAGAACAUUACAUUAGGAAGCAGCGUGUUUUCGUUCGAAAGGUGAUCCGAAAAGAAGAGCUUCGAAAAGCGGAACAGAUAGAACGGGUGCGAGCAGCACGUGAAGCACGUAUUCAGGAGGAGUUCGAAGAAGAAGAGGAAAGAAGAAAACGCUUGCUCUAUCGCAAAUGGUGUGAAAAUUACAAAGCUGGACUUGCUUCCCUACGUUCACAGUCAUCAUCAUGGCGUCCGCCAGUCCAGCCCUCGGGACCUGUACUGCACCAACAACCAUUAUGGCGGCCACCACGGCAACAGUUACCACCACUGCGAGUACCAUCACCACCACCUCCACCACCACCACGAGCACCCUCAGCUUCUUCGUCAAGUCUCAUAACAACUGCUGAAGAAGCUCAGCCGUCUGGCUCAAACUGGGUUCCUCUUUUGCCCGACAAUGAUGAUAGUGAAGAACUCCAAGAAGAUGCAUCCAUCCUUGCCGGUUAUGGGCCGCGAAGGAAGAGGCCGAAGGAGCAGCUGCUCGAGCAACAGAAACGAGUGGAUGGCGUAAAUCGUCCGGUUUCAGUUCGUGCAGCUCGAGGAGGGGCCGCUUUGAUGCGUGUCUGGAUUGGUAAAACAGUGAUUUUUUUCGAAUUCUGGGUUUUUAUUUCAGCAUAUCAUUAUUUGGAAUCUUCGGCUAACACAAGCAAGUCAUCGCAUUGGAUUCCACUGCCGCGUGCCAGCGCACAUGAGCCAUCUCGUAUCGUGCGGCACCAUUGA